GCUGCUGGAGCAGUUUGUAAUUCCUCCGCUUUGCAAGUGCAGCUGUCUGGUGCCUGUCUCAUACUAACACUCAAUAGAGCAUGGACAAACCGUGAGAACAAUUCCGCAGACCAAACUUUGAAAAGACGAGAGACGCAUGCAAUCAAAUACCCCGGCUCGCGACCGCAGGAAUUUAAAUAAGAAAAAACAUAUGUAAGGAAUGUGGGACUCUAAAGCCAGUCAAUGUCGACACAACUGCCCUUUGCAGACACCAUGACCACAGACUUAAACUUUACUUCACUUCUGAAUGUUUCUGAAAUUCAGAACCACACCAGGGGCUGUUCACUUACAAAGACUGGUUUUCAGUUUUAUUACCUGCCAACUGUUUACAUAAUGGUGUUCAUUACUGGAUUAAUAGGAAACAGUUUGGCGAUUUGGAUGUUCGUGUUUCACAUGCGGCCGUGGAGCAGCAUCUCCGUGUACAUGUUCAACCUGGCGCUCGCCGAUUUCUGCUAUGUUCUAUCGCUCCCUUUCCUGAUUUUUUACUAUUUCAACAAAACGGACUGGAUAUUUGGGGAUGUUCUGUGCAGGCUGCAGCGCUUCAUUUUCCACGUGAACCUAUAUGGAAGCAUAUUAUUUUUGACUUGUAUCAGCGUGCACAGGUACACGGGAGUGGUGCAUCCGAUCAAAUCUCUGGGCCGGUUAAAGAAAAAGAAUGCUAUUUACACCAGCGCGCUGGUGUGGAUCGCCGUGGUGGUUGGAAUCUCUCCGAUCCUGUACUAUUCCCGAACGGGGCCCAAGAACAAUGGCACGACCUGCUAUGACACUACAACUGGGGACGAACUGCAAGGGUACUUUAUAUACAGCAUGUGCACGACGGUGUUCGGGUUCUGCAUCCCCUUCAUUAUCAUCCUUGGCUGCUAUGGGUUGAUAGUAAAGGCACUGAUAUGCAAUGACAUGAGUAACGCGCCUCUCAGGAGGAAAUCUAUUCACCUGGUGAUAAUAGUGUUGGCAGUUUUCGCUGUUUCGUAUUUACCUUUCCACGUAAUGAAGAAUCUAAAUAUGCGAGCCAGGUUGUACUUUCAGAGUCCGGACAUGUGCGACUUUAAUAACAGGGUCUACGCCACCUACCAGGUGACCCGGGGACUGGCAAGCCUCAACAGCUGCGUGGACCCUAUUCUCUAUUUUUUAGCCGGCGACACGUUUAGGAGAAAGCUAUCUAGAGCCACUAAAAAGACAUAUAGGAAAGGGGAAAACGUCCUCCACUCCAAAAGUGAAGAGACUGCGCUUAACAGCUUGCCGGAAUACAGAGAAAAUGGAGACACGAGUCUCUGAAUAUGACCAUUUGAACAUUUUUUUAUUUGUAUUUUUAUUUGUAUUUUCUUUUUAUUUUAAACACGACCCUUGGGGGCAUAACGAAUUGAGCCGGAACCACUGUCAGGUUCACCCACCACCAUGGCUGUAACCACCAUUGAGGACACAGAAGUUGUGUCGUCUGUAUUUGUAUUUAUUUUAAGUGUUUUUAUGACAGAUAGAAAGUGAUAAAACGUACAGCUCUUCACAUGCAUUCUACCUCCACAUGAAACUUAAAAAAAUAAAUAAAAGGUGAGACAGGAGGCAGGUGAUUGUGUCUAUUAGCUAACGUUUUGGUCAGUAGACCUUUUCCCAAGACAUGCAAGAUACAAUGGUACAUUAUUCAAAAAUUUAUUUAUUCAGGCUACUUAAAAUGUUGGGUGUGAAAAUGAGUCAAGCUCAAAGUCUUGUAUUGGUCAAGCUAUUGCACCACAAAACUCAACAAAAAGGGAACUAAAAAAAUGGUCAUUUUUGGAUCCUGGUUACGACCCUGCCCAUCUCUGCAGCAAAACUCUGACAUGACAUUUGUAACUGAGCUAGUGUUGUAAUAUGCCCAGUUUAUGUCUUGUGAAUACCUUGCCUCUUUUACUAUAUCCCAACUCAGUGUAUCAAGUUUAUUUUCAUAAACUGGUUCAACGCGUUUUGAGUUUAACCAACCAUAUGUCAGUUACUGAGAAAUGUUUUACCCCAGCUGUUUCUCAAGGACUUAAAGGUAAUAGGUCGAGCAUACCUUAAAUUGUGCUUUCUGUUUCUCAGUAUAUGCAGUUAUUGAAUGAAGUCAAAAGAGAAAAAGACACAAUUAAUGCUUCCUUAGUAACAAUUAACCAGCUUAAUGAGCUCUUUGUGUGAUGCGAACAAAACACUCAUUUGCUUUGUCUCUCUGCCAGAGAUGGAACAUUAAUAUGUUCUUAUUUGAAGGUUUGUCUAUGUCAGGCCUGACAUAUGCACUGUAUGAACUGUAUAUCUUUAUUUUAUUAAGACUGUUGGUUCUCACUUGAGUUUUUAUUCUUUUUUUUUUUUGUUCGGUGCAUUCACAAUUGGGAUAUAAUUAGUGAUACAUUAAUAGUCUUGACAUUUCAUUUCAUAAACAAGUGCAAUACAGUCUAUGACUUUAUGUAUGUGCCUCUUCCAUUAUGUACCUGUCAUUUAGCCUACUGUUCAUUACAUAUGAAGGUUCAGGGUAUAUUAAUCCCAUAAAAAUAUAUCAGUGUACAUAAUUUGUAGAGCUAUGCUUUGGCAAGCAUUUUUUGUUUUAACUUGUCCUAACAAUAUUUGAGAGAAAUAUAACUGUUAAAUAUUGCAUGUUGUCAGUGUUAAGAUAUGAGAACUAAGGGAAUUAACACCCCCCUACCCCCCUUGUGUAAAGUGUUUGUCUGCAUGUAGGUCACAGUGCAUCCCAGGAACAGAAGUGGUAGGUGUUUACCACUGAUCUAUACAUCAGCAUAGAUCAUUGCUCUGAGCUUGUACUUUGGUGACUAUGUGAAUAAAGUUUUAUGAAAACACA